UUUAUCCACAUGUACGGAUAUUAUGUGAUGUAACAGUAGAUCAAAGUGUUGGUUAUUUAGGACAAAAGUGCUUGACUUGGAUGCGCGAACAAUAUGUUCGUGCGGUUGUUAGUAUUAAGAUUUUAAAACCAAGACCAGAGAUUCGAGAACCUGCAACUGGUUAUUUUUAUAAAACAAUGACGGCGAAACUUUAUCGUCAAGGAAUGGCAACACAAAGAUGGGAUUUUGGAAAUGUUGAAAAAAAUUCAAGUGACCCUAUCCGUGAUCCUACUCCCUGCAAUGCACCAAACUUGACACAUUUUCAAAUAAAUAUUCCCGUAGGUGAA